AUGCGCAGAAACAGCUGCGCAGAAACAGCUGCGCAGAAACAGCUGCGCGGAAACAGCUGCGCGGAAACAGCUGCGCGGAAACAGCUGCGCGGAAACAGCUGCGCGGAAACAGCUGCGCGGAAACAGCUGCGCGGAAACAGCUGCGCAGAAACAGCUGCGCAGAAGCAGCUGCGCAGAUACAGCUGCGCAGAAACAGCUGCGCAGAAACAGCUGCGCAGAAACAGCUGCGCAGAAACAGCUGCGCAGAAACAGCUGCGCAGAAACAGCUGCGCAGAAACAGCGGCGCAGAAACAGCGGCGCAGAAAACACUCUAUAGCCUCCGGUUACAGGAGCCUGCGCAGAAACAGCUGCGCAGAAACAGCUGCGCAGAAACAGCUGCGCAGAAACAGCUGCGCAGAAACAGCUGCGCAGGAACAGCUGCGCAGGAACAGCUGCGCAGAAACAGCUGCGCAGGAACAGCUGCGCAGGAACAGCUGCGCAGAAACAGCUGCGCAGAAACAGCAGCACAGGAACAGCUGCGCAGGAACAGCUGCGCAGGAACAGCUGCGCAGGAACAGCUGCGCAGGAACAGCCGCGCAGGAACAGCCGCGCAGGAACAGCCGCGCCGAAACAGCCGCGCCGAAACAGCCGCGCCGAAACAGCCGCGCCGAAACAGCCGCGCCGAAACAGCCGCGCCGAAACAGCCGCGCCGAAACAGCCGCGCCGAAACAGCCGCGCCGAAAAAGCCGCGCCGAAAAAGCCGCGCCGAAACAGCCGCGCCGAAACAGCCGCGCCGAAACAGCCGCGCCGAAACAGCCGCGCCGAAACAGCCGCGCCGAAACAGCCGCGCCGAAACAGCCGCGCCGAAACAGCCGCGCCGAAACAGCCGCGCCGAAACAGCCGCGCCGAAACUGCCGCGCCGAAACUGCCGCGCCGAAACUGCCGCGCCGAAACUGCCGCGCCGUAACUGCCGCGCCGAAACUGCCGCGCCGAAAUUGCCGCGCCGAAACUGCCGCGCCGAAACAGCCGCGCCGAAACAGCCGCGCCGAAACAGCCGCGCCGAAACAGCGGCGCCGAAACAGCCGCGCCGAAACAGCCGCGCCGAAACAGCCGCGCCGAAACAGCCGCGCCGAAACAGCCGCGCCGAAACAGCCGCGCCGAAACAGCCGCGCCGAAACUGCCGCGCCGAAACUGCCGCGCCGAAACUGCCGCGCCGAAACUGCCGCGCCGAAACUGCCGCGCCGAAACUGCCGCGCCGAAACUGCCGCGCCGAAACUGCUGCGCCGAAACAGCUGCGCCGAAACAGCUGCGCCGAAACAGCUGCGCCGUAACAGCUGCGCAGAAACAGCUAGGCAUAAGCAGCUGCGCAGAAACAGCUGCGCAGAAACAGCUGCGCAGAAACAGAUGCGCAGAAACAGCUGCGCAGAAACAGCUGCGCAGAAACAGCUGCGCAGAAACAGCUGCGCAGAAACAGCUGCGCAGAAACAGCUGCGCAGAAACAGCUGCGCAGAGACAGCUGCGCAGAGACAGCUGCGCAGAGACAGCUGCGCAGAGACAGCUGCGCAGAAACAGCUGCGCAGAAACAGCUGCGCAGAAACAGCUGCGCAGAAACAGCUGCGCAGAAACAGCUGCGCAGAAACAGCUGCGCAGAAACAGCUUCGCAGAAACAGCUGCGCAGAAACAGAUGCGCAGAAACAGCUGCGCAGAAACAGCUGCGCAGAAACAGCGGCGCAGAAACACUCUAUAGCCUCCGGUUACAGGAGCGUACCUCCAUGUUCAAUGUUUUUUGGGCAGUUGAACAUCUGCGCGGAGACGGCUGCGCAGAAGCGGCUGCGCGGAAGCGGCUGCGCGGAAGCGGCUGCGCGGAAGCGGCUGCGCGGAAGCGGCUGCGCGGAAGCGGCUGCGCGGAAGCGGCUGCGCGGAAACGGCUGCGCGGAAACGGCUGCACGGAAACGGCUGCGCGGGAACGGCUGCGCGGGAACAGGUGCGCGGGAACAGGUGCGCGGGAACAGGUGCGCGGGAACAGCUGCGCAGGAACAGCUGCGCAGGAACAGCUGCACAGGAACAGGUGCGCAGGAACAGCUGCGCAGGAACAGCUGCGCAGGAACAGGUGCGCAGGAACAGAAGCGGCUGCGCGGAAGCGGCUGCGCGGAAGCGGCUGCGCGGAAGCGGCUGCGCGGAAGCGGCUGCGCGGAAGCGGCUGCGCGGAAGCGGCUGCGCGGAAGCGGCUGCGCGGAAGCGGCUGCGCGGAAGCGGCUGCGCGGAAACGGCUGCGCAGAUACGGCUGCGCAGAAACGGCUGCGCAGAAACGGCUGCGCAGAAACGGCUGCGCAGAAACGGCUGCGCAGAAACGGCUGCGCAGAAACGGCUGCGCAGAAACGGCUGCGCAGAAACGGCUGCGCAGAAACGGCUGCGCAGAAACGGCUGCGCAGAAGCGGCUGCGCAGAAACGGCUGCGCAGAAACAGCUGCGCAGAAACAGCUGCGCAGAAACAGCUGCGCAGAAACAGCUGCGCAGAAGCAGCUGCGCAGAAACAGCUGCGCAGAAACAGCUGCGCAGAAACAGCUGCGCAGAAACAGCUGCGCAGAAACAGCUGCGCAGAAACAGCUGCGCAGAAACAGCUGCGCAGGAACAGCUGCGCAGAAACAGCUGCGCAGGAACAGCUGCGCAGGAACAGCUGCGCAGGAACAGCUGCGCAGAAACAGCUGCGCAGGAACAGCUGCGCAGGAACAGCUGCGCAGGAACAGCUGCGCAGGAACAGCUGCGCAGAAACAGCUGCGCAGAAACAGCUGCGCAGAAACAGCUGCGCAGAAACAGCUGCGCAGGAACAGCUGCGCAGAAACAGCUGCGCAGAAACAGUGCGCAGAAACAGCUGCGCAGAAACAGCUGCGCAGAAACAGCUGCGCAGGAACAGCUGCGCAGAAACAGCUGCGCAGAAACAGCUGCGCAGAAUCAGCUGUGCAGAAUCAGCUGCGCAGAAACAGCUGCGCAGAAACAGCUGCGCAGGAACAGCUGCGCAGGAACAGCUGCGCAGAAACAGCUGCGCAGAAACAGCUGCGCAGAAACAGCUGCGCAGGAACAGCUGCGCAGGAACAGCUGCGCAGGAACAGCUGCGCAGGAACAGCUGCGCAGGAACAGCUGCGCAGAAACAGCUGCGCGGAAACAGCUGCGCGGAAACAGCUGCGCGGAAACAGCUGCGCGGAAACAGCUGCGCGGAAACAGCUGCGCGGAAACAGCUGCGCGGAAACAGCUGCGCGGAAACAGCUGCGCGGAAACAGCUGCGCAGAAACAGCUGCGCAGAAACAGCUGCGCAGAAACAGCUGCGCAGAAACAGCUGCGCAGAAACAGCGGCGCAGAAACAGCGGCGCAGAAACACUCUAUAGCCUCCGGUUACAGGAGCGAACGGCUGCGCAGGAACGGCUGCGCAGAAACGGCUGCGCAGAAACGGCUGCGCAGAAACGGCUGCACAGAAACGGCUGCGCAGAAACGGCUGCGCAGAAACGGCUGCGCAGAAACGGCUGCGCAGAAACGGCUGCGCAGAAGCGGCUGCGCAGAAGCGGCUGCGCAGAAACGGCUGCGCAGAUACGGCUGCGCAGAAACGGCUGCGCAGAAACGGCUGCGCAGAAACGGCUGCGCAGAAACGGCUGCGCAGAAACGGCUGCGCAGAAACGGCUGCGCAGAAACGGCUGCGCAGAAACGGCUGCGCAGAAGCGGCUGCGCAGAAGCGGCUGCGCAGAAACGGCUGCGCAGAUACGGCUGCGCAGAAACGGCUGCGCAGAAACGGCUGCGCAGAAACGGCUGCGCAGAAACGGCUGCGCAGAAACGGCUGCGCAGAAACGGCUGCGCAGUAACGGCUGCGCAGAAACGGCUGCGCAGAAACGGCUGCGCAGAAACGGCUGCGCAGAAACGGCUGCGCAGAAACGGCUGCGCAGAAACGGCUGCGCAGAAACGGCUGCGCAGAAACGGCUGCGCAGAAACGGCUGCGCAGAAACAGCUGCGCAGAAACAGCGGCGCAGAAACAGCUGCGCAGAAACAGCUGCGCAGAAACAGCUGCGCAGAAACAGCUGCGCAGAAGCAGCUGCGCAGAAACAGCUGCGCAGAAACAGCUGCGCAGAAACAGCUGCGCAGAAACAGUGCGCAGAAACAGCUGCGCAGAAACAGCUGCGCAGAAACAGCUGCGCAGGAACAGCUGCGCAGAAACAGCUGCGCAGAAACAGCUGCGCAGAAUCAGCUGCGCAGAAUCAGCUGCGCAGAAACAGCUGCGCAGAAACAGCUGCACAGGAACAGCUGCGCAGGAACAGCUGCGCAGAAACAGCUGCGCAGAAACAGCUGCGCAGAAACAGCUGCGCAGGAACAGCUGCGCAGGAACAGCUGUGCAGGAACAGCUGCGCAGGAACAGCUGCGCAGGAACAGCUGCGCAGGAACAGCUACGCAGGAACAGCUGCGCAGGAACAGCUGCGCAGAAACAGCUGCGCAGGAACAGCUGCGCAGGAACAGCUGCGCAGGAACAGCUGCGCGGAAACAGCUGCGCGGAAACAGCUGCGCGGAAACAGCUGCGCGGAAACAGCUGCGCGGAAACAGCUGCGCGGAAACAGCUGCGCGGAAACAGCUGCGCGGAAACAGCUGCGCGGAAACAGCUGCGCGGAAACAGCUGCGCAGAAACAGCUGCGCAGAAGCAGCUGCGCAGAAACAGCUGCGCAGAAACAGCUGCGCAGAAACAGCUGCGCAGAAACAGCUGCGCAGAAACAGCUGCGCAGAAACAGCGGCGCAGAAACAGCGGCGCAGAAACACUCUAUAG